UUUUUCCCCCCUUUUAAACUGGCGUCUUGCGAUGCUUUGCAUACGAAGCUGCGUCGCCAGACCCGGUAUAGUGAAUGAACGGGAUUCUUUGCUCGCGCAGCGACACCUGUAAGGGGAGAGGGGAGGGAAAGCGUAGGCGGAGGUGUGGUGCAGACGCGGGAUCUGAGAUCUUUGCUACAGAAAGACAAGACUGGUACCAGACGGGCACCCAACCUAAAAACAUUAAAAAAAAAAAAUCCAGCCUGCAUGACCGUCACGAAGAUGUCAUGGAAUCCGCAGUAUCGGAGUUCUAAAUUCCGCCACGUUUAUGGCAAGGCCGCCAGUAAAGAGAACUGCUAUGACAACGUGCCCAUCACCCACAGUGUCUAUGACAACCAGUUUUGUGCUGUCAAUCCUCGUUUUAUUGCCGUGGUGACCGAAUGUGCAGGCGGAGGCGCCUUUCUUGUUAUACCAAUCAGUCAAACAGGAAAACUUGACCCGCAUUACCCUCGCAUCUGUGGGCAUAAAGGAAAUGUAUUAGACAUCAAAUGGAACCCCUUCGAUGACUUUGUAAUAGCAUCAUGUUCAGAAGAUACCACAGUUAAGGUCUGGAAUAUCCCCCAGCAUUUGCUAACCCAAAGCAUCACAGAUGCCCAGAAGGAUCUUCUUGGCCAUUCCAGAAGAGUGGGGCUUAUCGAAUGGCACCCAACUGCAAGUAACAUCCUCUUCAGCACUGGUUAUGAUUACAAAGUCAUGAUCUGGAACCUUGAUACCAAAGAACAUACAAUUCAGACGCCAGUAAGGACAAUCGGUUUCCAUACAGAUGUCAUCCUCUCCAUGUCAUUCAACAUGGAUGGCAGCCUCUUAGCCACAGUCUGCAGGGACAGGAAAAUAAGGAUCAUUGACCCGCGAGCAGGAACCAUCUUUCAGGAAGCAAGCAGCAAAUCUCACCGAAUGAAUAAAGUUGUGUUUCUAGGAAACCUGAAAAAGCUGCUCACCACAGGGACGUCCAGAUGGAAUAAUAGGCAGAUUGCCUUGUGGGAUCAGGAUGAUCUUUCUGUGCCUUUACAUGAAGAAGAUGUGGAUGGGUCAUCAGGCCUCCUGUUUCCUUUCUAUGAUACAGACACACAUAUGUUGUAUGUCUUAAGCAAGGGAGAUGGGAACAUCAGGUACUAUGAUGUAAAUGUGGAGAAACCAUACCUACAUUACCUGACAGAAUAUCGUUCCCCUUUGCCUCAGAAAGGAAUUGGUGUAAUGCCCAAGAGGGGCCUUGAUGUCUGUGCCUGCGAGAUCUUCCGGUUUUAUAAACUGAUUCCAGUCAAAAGUCUGAUUGAACCCAUUUCUAUGAUUGUACCCCGACGGUCUGAAUCGUACCAGGAAGACAUCUAUCCAAUGACAGCUGGGGUACAGCCCUCAUUGACAGCACAAGAGUGGCUGAAUGGCACUAAUAAAGGUCCUGUCUUGAUGUCUUUGAGACCAGGUUCUGUGAUCUUGAAUUCUUUACCACAAUUUCUUGAAAAGGAGAUUGCCAUGGAAGCAACUAAGCCUGUCCCGUGUCGGGACAGAGUGAGUGAUAUCACCGAAAAUUUGAAUGAAAUCCGAGAGAAAUGGGGGACCAGGAAGGCCGAGGAAAGACAACAGCAAAACAGACGAAUGAAGUUAUCUAACGGUGUUGAUACCUAUGAAUGUCUUCCACCUAAAACAGAAAAUGAGCUGCUACAGAUGUUUUAUCGACAGCAAGAAGAAAUUCGGCGGCUCCGUGAAGUGCUGAUUCAGCGGGAUAUUCAGAUCAAACAGUUACAGCUUGAGAUCAAAAACCGUCAUGUAGAUUCUCGCCGAUUCUGACAGGCUAUCGUUUGGAGUCUCAGAACAGAUGCUGCCAGAAAUCACUAUAUUUUGGAGAUUAUACAUUAGAAGGAGAAUUUCAGAUUUAUUGGCAAGUUAUUGCCUACCUUGAGUGCCCAUAUCCUGCAAACUGGAAUUUGCUGAAAGUUACUGGGGGUUUUUGUGGUGCUCUAUUUAUCAGACUCAUUCUUUGCAGGAAAAUCCAUGUUUCAAAGUAGUCCCAUAAUAACUCAGUUGGAGGUGCUUCAAAGUGGAAGGCUGACUGACUUGCCUGGGUAUGAACAUCCUUUCAGUCCCCAGUAGACAACUUGGAAAUAUGGUUGCUUGGACUUUCAGGCUGUUUAGCAUUCAACUCUUUCACAUGGUGAUGAACCAAAUAGGAGUUGUUCAGGAUUCUUUUUGUUCUGCAUUCUUGGAUGGAUCAGAAUGAUUUUGCACUGAAUUAGUUUUGUUUCCUAGAACCAAGGAGAGUUUAUGUGGGAAUUGAAAUCAUCACCUUCUUUUAGUUUUAUGAGUCAUCUUCUUCUAAAAUUAUAUUUAUGCCGAAGAGGUAAGGACCAAAGAAAUAGGUGUCAUUAAUUUAAAAAGGAAGUCAUGUUUCUGAGAGCCAAGCUUUGGAAAUGAAUGCUCUUUAUUUGAGAUGGAGAAAAUAAGACUGCUGCUGCUGAAGUGGUUUUAUCAGAGCCAGAGUGGAAGGCUUCUGUAGCCCAAGUCAAUGUGUCUUCCAUCUCUACCCAUAAUCUCCGAGGAUCACUUCAUGCCUUAAAUCAACUAGGUGUUUAAAUUACUAAUGCUCUUAAGAUGGCUUUCUUCCAAUUGUCCAGCGCUGAAUUUUCUACUCACCGAUUCUUUCCUCCUUUAUUACUCUUGAGUGUUGUACCACAUCUUAUAGGUAUAUUACAAUUCAGUGUCUAGAAGUGUGAAGAAACUUUUACUUAAUUCUGAUAAUCUAUCAUCCUGUUUAUCAGAAGCAAAAUUUCCACAACUGUCAAAUUGCAAUACUUUUUUUUCACUUUUCAUUUUGGUUUGAUGCCUAUGACUAAUAUUUCACCUGAUGUUUCAUAUUUGUUUCCUUGCUGAUUUCUAUGAUAGACUAUGCAAAGCACUGCCACCGACAAUUGUUUGCGAGCAGGAUCAACUACUCCAAAGAUUAUGAAGCCCAAGAUGGAGGGAGGUAGAUGCCUUUUGCUAACAUAAGUUUCUCCUUAAUCGUGAAUGCUGAAAAUGUUCAUGUACAAAAUAGUUGGAAAAUUUGAAGGAAAAAAAAACAUACCUAAAGCUGCACCAGUCAUAAUAAAAUUGUAAAAUACAACUACUUUUAUAGUUUGGGUUAAGAUAUUUGUGCAGGAUUUAAGAAAAUUCCAAAAAACAGGAAUUGAUAAGUGAGAAUACCAGAAGACUGAGCUGUAAUCAAACUGAGGAAUCUUGUAUAAAUAUUUAAUACAAAUGCCCGUUCACCCAUCCUCUGUACUGCUUCUGUGUUUUAUGACUUAACAUUUUUUUUCCUCUUAGAGUUCUCUUUUACCCUCUUUUUCCUUUAAGAUCAAAAUUAAAUCAUUUCUUUUAAUCCAUCAUUAAAUUGUAACAUUCCCUAGUGCAGGGGUCCCCAACCGAAACUGGGCCACACAAACGAAGCCCCAUCUGCGGGAUGCAGGCAGCACACGAAACCAUACUCCCUCUGGUCCACAGAAAAAUCUCUCCACAGAACUGGUCCCUGGUGCCCAAAAGGUUGGAGGCCGCUGGCCUACUGGAUUGAUAAAAUUGCCCAAGCAAUUGUGUCCCAAAGGUGCUUUUUCAAGAGGCAACUGGACUUUCUGGUUUUUCUUUGAAGACAUUUCGCUUCUCAUCCAAGAAGCUUCUUCAGCUCUGAAGACAUGCCCAAACAUGUCUUUUUCUUUUCCAUAUUUUUUUCUAUACUAUUCCUCCUCAUUUCCUCAUUGCUUUUUUGAGCAAGAACCCAUCUCAUAGCCAAUAUGUACAUACAAGAAGUCCUCAACUUACAACUUCAUUUAGUGACUAUUGAAAGUUAUAAACAGCACUGAAAAAAUGGACUUAUGACCAUUUGUCACAAGACCAUUGCAGCAUCUCCAUGGACACGUGAUCAGAAUUCGGGCGCUUGGCAACUGGUAUGCAUUUAGGAUGUUUGCAGUGUCCCGGUGUCAUGGGGUCACCUUUUGUGACCUACUGACAAGCAAAGUCAUUGGGGAAGCCAAUUUUAUUUAACAACCUUGUUACUAACUUACUAACAACUGGAGUGAUUCACUUAACCACUGUGACAAGAUCAUAAGCAAUUUUGGGCUCUAUUGUGGUUGUAAGUGGAAGAAUACCUAUAUAGCAGAAGCUGAUUUUUUUUUUUUCGGGAUUGUACUAUUCAGAUCUCAUUUGACUGGAUAGGGACGACUCUCAAUUCAAUUCAACUCUGCAAAAAUGACUUUUCUACAUACAAACAGCUAUUUUCUUUGUCAAUUUUACACACUCUCAUUUAAUGGAUUUUGGAUACAACAGACCAGAUUUGUGUUUGGAUUUCAAAGAAUGAAAGAAUUAUUCCUGUAGGCUCUUGAGACUACUGACAUAGGUAGUGAUAGAAGUAUUUUAUAUCAUUUGCAUAAUUUAUGUCAGUUUUGGAUUUAAUGAACACCCCAGUCAUGAUUUUGGGUUAAAUUAAUAUGUACUGGGAAGAAAUUCCAAGAUUUCAGAUGCUAUAACCCAGUGUUACAGUUGGCGUUGCUUAAAUAUGAUUUUAAAGAAGUAUUCGCAAUGGUACAUAAUGGAACUUCUAUAUUUACCAUGCAUAUAAAAUGAAUUGCCCUCUGUAAUAAUACCAGUAAUUGGUAUUAAAUGCUCAUGGGAUUUUAAUUAGUACCCUUUAAAACAACUGGUAUGUUUGCAUAUGUUACAGUUGUGAUCAAGAUAUUAAAACUAUUCCAAUUAUUUAGAUUAGCCAGAUGAAUUAUAACAUGUCUUUAAAUUAAAAUUUGGAGCAUAAUGAUUUUGGGGAAAAGAGGCAAGAACCGUUAUCUAAGCAAAGAGGGAUAAAACACAAUCAGAAUUACAAGAUUCUACUACUAUAGGCUAAUCACAAAUAUAGCUGCAACCUUCCUGUGAGGUCAGUUUCCUGAUUUGGGCUACCUUGUAGGGCUGACAAUAAUAGAAUUACGAUUUUCUGUAGCUAAUCUUGGAUAGAUGGUAAAAUCUACCCCUGCUUUGUAUUUUUGGAAAAUAGGACUGAAUGUAGAUUAAACAACUAAUUGGUAUGAGUCCAUCUUUUGUUAUUGAUACAUUAUGAACUGAUAGAGAGAAACUACCGAUGCAACAUUUUGUUGCAAAAGUAGAAAUGCUGCCAGUUAGGGAAACAAAAGGGUAAAAUACAUUCUUGGAUUAAGAAGGACGAUCACUUGCAAUUUGGGAAUUUGUCUCUUUUAUCUUGUUUACAGGCAAAUAAAUUAUUUAAAGUAUUUGUCAGCUUAAGAUAAAGGGAGAGGGUUCAAAAUGCACUUCUAAAGUGUGCUUUUUGAUUAUUAUUAUUUUGCAUAUUUUUAUGUAUUGCUUUGAUCAAUGUUAGCCAUUUAUCAAAGGGACUGAAAAAUCCCAAAUCUACUUGAAAAAUGUGUGUAUAAAUAUAUAUAUUCUGCUUUUUGUUCUGUUUACCAAGAAACUUGUAUAAAACAAAUUAGCACUUGAAAGUUAUUUUUAAAAAUUACUCUUGUUUUUAAAAACACUUUUGAAAUAGUACAAAAUUUUAGUCAUGUAUGCUUUCUGAGGCAGAGGGAAAGAAAAGAAAAAUCUAUAUACAGUGAUGACAAACUGAUUAUGCUUUAUUAAAUAGCGCCUAACUAUAUUUAAAGAUAUAUGUGUGGUGGUAUUUUUUUCUAUUACAGUGAUUUAAAAGCAAGGAAACUGAAAUGCCAUUGGGGACAUAUCCCCCAUAUGAAAGAAUGACAAAACUUAUACUUAAUAAAUACAAGGAACAUUCUUGGAAAAGCUAAGCAUUUUUAAUACUUAUACCAACCAUGUAACUAUGGUAAAUCCAGU